GGAGCGGAGCGGAGCGGAACCGGAGCGGAACAGGGGGGGGGGGUCUUGUCGUUAUGACGGGCUCCGGCAGCGUCCCGCAUCUCGGGGUUCUGCUGCUCUUGGCGGUUCUGCUGCAGACCGUGGCCGUGACCAUCACCGUGCUCCACUUCACCCACGUCCUCAGCUCGAUGAAAGAGACGUUCGCCAGGAGCAGCGUUUCCUGUUUGACGCGCACCGACCUGCGGAGCGCCUCCGCGGCGCGCGUCGCCGCCGAGAGGCGCGCGGACCCGUGCUGGCAGGUCACGGAGCAGCUCCACUUCCUCAUCGAGAAGUCUCUGUCCCAGCGCUACCAGAGAGAGAUCUCCUCUGCAGUCAGAGAUGAGGUGUCGCGGGUGCUUCCAUCGCUUGUGAUGGACGACAGGGCGUCGCCUCGGCCCAAAGUCGCAGCCCAUGUCACCGGCAGCUUCCUGCCCAAGGACCAGCGGGAGGGUGGAGGUUCUCUUGGACAGCGUGUGCAGGGCCAGAAAAUCUCACGGUGGGAGGGCAAGCGGGGGCUGGCCUUCCUCCAGGACGUCCAGCUGGUUGAUGGGGAACUGGUGGUGCCCCAGCCGGGCCUGUACUACGUCUAUGCCCAGACCUACUUCAGGCACACCCACGCCCCAGAGAAGGACAAGGACGAUGAGGAGGAAGGGGAAGAGGCCGAGGACAGAGGGAAGCCGCUACUGCAGUACAUCUAUAAGAAGAUGACCUCCUACCCAGUGCCCAUCCUGCUGAUGAAGACCAGCCGCACCUCCUGCUGGUCCCGGGGCUCCCAGUUCUCCCUGCACUCCGCCCACCAGGGGGGGCUGUUCCCCCUCAGCGCCGGGGACCGCCUGUUUGUCACCGUCAGCAACGAGUCAGCUGUGGACAUGGAUGAGAAGAGCAGCUUCUUUGGGGCCUUCCUCAUCAGCUAGGGGGUCAGCGGCCGAGGGGUUGUCUACUGCCGUGGUUCUCAACUUGGAAAUCAUGACACCCCCCCCCCACCCCAACCCCCCGGAGGAGUCACGAGCUGAUUUGGGGGGUGGUUCCAAGUACUGUUGCGCAAAUUAGUUUUCAAUGCUUGUGAUCGAGCCCCCCCCCCCCUCCCCCAUUGUGAGGUAAUCAAUCUUUGGAUUCAGGGCUUUUCUUGGCCAAGUAAAACUGUAAAAAAGGGAAAAUGAAAAACAUGUCUCAGUGACAAAGUCGCCAUUCCACGCACUUAAAGCAAUAAUCCUGAAAAGGAUUUUUGUUCGAAUUAACGCGACUUGACCACACAGUAACCGGGCAGUUGAAAUCCCACAGGUUAAUUUGAAACGCCACAAAUUUACACUUCUGUCAUGGCAGCGUCCUCUCUAGAAAAGAUGGCUGGACCUGGGUUUUAGCUAUUGCUGUUAUUGAUGGUAAAGGUCUUUACCAGCUUGUUCUGCCAUAACUGCUCGUUAGCCACACCAGUUUAGCUUCCUUUUCACACUCCCUGCUACCUACCUGACUUCUGCAUGUUAAGCUGAACACGUUAAAUGCCAAUUGGCAUCAUAGUUUUUCAAGUUCAACUUUAUUUUCAGGUGUAUUAGAAUACAAUGAGAUUACUGUGCUCUGCCUUAACACAAGGGACACAAGGACCCCCCACCCAAAAAAACCCCCAUCGGUAACCACUCAAAUGAGCAAGGCCAAAAGUGCUCACCGAGUGGAUAUUUGCCAAUUAGCCGUGGUCUUAAUACGCCAGAGUAUCCAGAAGGACAUUUGUUUGCAUGUAAAUCUUCAGGAUUAUAGUUUAAAAAACUUUUUUUUUGGAGGGGGGGGGGGUCCAGAAUCACUGAUCUACUUGUCAGAGGAUGGAAAAGAGACUUGGAUGGAUUAUGGGAUGAAGUGCCUUGAAUGUGUGAGAACCAAUCACUGGUGUGUGUGUGUGUGUGUGUGUGUGUGUGUGUGUGUGUGUGUGUGUGUGUGUGUGUGUGUGUGUGUGUACGUAUGUGUGUGCUCAAGAGAGAUGGAGGGGAAAAUUGGAUACACCUUUAGCGAUAAAUUCAAUCAUUAUGUAUGAUUUGUGUGUUUGUGUGAGUGUGUAAGGGUGUACAUGUCCAUGAAAAUAAGAACCAUAUGUUCUUCAAAUUCUCCUGUCAUCCCCAAUGUUACUCUAGCUUUAAUUCGCCUUUUAUCUCACCCAGUGAGCAUCAACCCACCUGUAACCUCGUGGCUUAAUUGGUGACGGGCCAGUCACUGAUUCCGUAAAGCUGGGAAGCGGCAUCUUGCACAGGGUGUAGUUAUCAGCAUCUUGAACGGGGUGUAGUUAUCAGCAUCUUGAACAGGGUGUAGUUGUCAGCAUCUUGCACAGGGUGUAGUUAUCAGCAUCUUGAACGGGGUGUAGUUAUCAGCAUCUUAAACAGGGUGUAGUUGUCAGCAUCUUGAACGGGGUGUAGUCGUCAGCAUCUUGAACAGGGUGUAGUUAUCAACAUCUUGAACGGGGUGUAGUUAUCAGCAUCUUGAACGGGGUGUAGUUAUCAGCAUCUUGAACGGGGUGUAGUUACCCGCAUUUGAACUGGAUGUAGUUGUCAGCAUCUUGAACGGGGUGUAGUUGUCAGCAUCUUGAAUGGGGUGUAGUUGUCAGCAUCUUGAACAGGGUGUAGUUACCCGCAUUUGAACAGGGUGUAGUUGUCAGCAUCUUGAACAGGGUGUAGUUACCCACAUUUGAACAGGGUGUAGUUGUCAGCAUCUUGAACGGGGUGUAGUUGUCAGCAUCUUGAACAGGGUGUAGUUAUCCGCAUCUUGAACGGGGUGUAGUUGUCAGCAUCUUGAACGGGGUGUAGUUGUCAGCAUCUUGAACGGGGUGUAGUCAUCAGCAUCGUGAACAGGGUGUAGUUAUCAGCCUCUUGAACGGGGGGUAGUCAUCAGCAUCAUGAACAGGGUGUAGUUAUCAGCAUAUUGAACGGGGUGUAGUCAUCAGCAUCGUGAACAGAGUGUAGUUGUCAGCAUCUUGAACAGGGUGUAGUUACCCGCAUUUGAACAGGGUGUAGUUGUCAGCAUCUCGAAAGGGGUGUAGUCAUCAGCAUCUUAAACAGGGUGUAGUUGUCAGCAUCUUAAACAGGGUGUAGUUGUCAGCAUCUUGAACAGGUUGUAGUUACCCGCAUUUGAACAGGGUGUAGUUAUCAGCAUCUUGAACAGGGUGUAGUCAUCAGCAUCUUGAACGGGGUGUAGUUACCCGCAUUUGAACAGGGUGUAGUUGUCAGCAUCGUGAACGGGGUGUAGCUAUCAGCAGAGGCCUGUCGCGGAACAACAAUAGGGGCGGUACUUCCUGUAUAAUGGUGGUUGAACGGUGGAGGGUGCGGAGGUUUACUAAAACCAGGCUGCCCGGCAACAGCGCACCUGUGGCCGCGCAACAGUUAAUGUUGUUAGUUUUAAUAUCAGUCCGCGAAGCGAAACUAGGCCCUCUGCGUUGUGAACACGUCGUUUAAGGUCCAUACCGGCUUUUCUGUUGAGUUUUUCAGCUCAUUUAACCAAAAGGCGCACACUUUAUAUUGUUCCCGACCAUUUUCCCAAAGCGUACUGUUGUCCGUUGUAUUUUCCCGCCGGCCAGAGGCGUACAAACCGGAGACCCCACAGCGGAGAAUAAGGAUGUACGCCUCCGCCAGAAAAUAGUCCCUGACGAAACGAACGGGGGGGGGGAAGGGGGAGUUUCUAAUAUAGCCUGGUCACAUGGACGGCAGCCAAGCAGCAGACGGUUUCUAGGAGGGGUUAUACCCAAAAUGAUUUUGUUCAAAAACAAACACACACACAAACGGGCAAAUCGAGGGUAAUUUUUCCAAAAUCGAAAACACUACGACACACUUUGGAAAAUGGAAUAAUGUAAAUCAAUAUGCCAUUUAUAGGCUGAAAACAUGUAA